AUGGUUCUUUCCACACCCUCAAAAGAGUUGUACACAUUCCUGUCCAUCAAACGCUCCAUCAGAGUGCCCUCAAGAAAUGAAGCUGCUGGUUUAUGGUCGUGCUAUCACUGCAAUGGGCCACUGGUUUCUGCUCUUCCUCCCUCAUCAUUCCAGGGCUCCUCAUCUUCCUCUGACAGUCAGUCGCCAUAUUUUGCCAAGCUCAACAGAAGAGAUGGAGGUGGCGGCUGGGCUCCAGAACGAACAGACAGGCUACGAUGGCUACAGGUGGAUCUGCGAGAACGGGUCGAGGUCACAGCUGUGGCGACCCAGGGUCGUUUCGGGAGCCCUGAUUGGGUUACGAGUUACAUGUUGCUUUACAGUGACACAGGAAGAGCUUGGAAGCAGUUCAGACAAGAGGACAACAUAGGGACUUUCAGUGGAAAUACAAAUUCAGAUGGGAUUGUUCACCACAAGCUCUCACACUCCAUAAGAACACAGUUUCUGCGGUUCUUGCCAGUGGACUGGAGUCCCGGGGGAUGGAUGGGGCUCAGAGUGGAGGUCUAUGGCUGUGCAUACAAGUCGGAUGUUGCAGAUUUCAACGGCAGGAGCUCUUUGCUGUACCGGUUUAAUCAGAAGUCCACCAGCACUGUGAAAGACGUCAUCUCUCUACGGUUUAAGAGCCAGCGCGGGGAUGGGGUCCUUGUGCAUGGAGAGGGACAAAGAGGUGAUUACAUCACCCUAGAGCUGCAGAGACCGCGAUGGUGCAAAACUAAAAUUCAAUCCUUAAAUUUUAUAUUUCUUUCUCUCUUUUUCUCUCAAGACGACGUUAAGAUAUAUCCUAGCAGUGGCCAUGUCUCUGUGUUUCUGGGUAGUCUUCUGGACGACCAGCACUGGCACUCCGUCCUGAUCGAGCGAUUUAACAAACAGAUCAACUUCACUGUGGACAGACUAGUCAAACACGUGAGGACGGGUGGGCUGGAUGAUUCACUUGAAGUCGAUUAUGAGCUCAGCUUUGGAGGAAUCCCUCUUCCCGGUAAACCAGGCACGUUCCUGCGGAAAAACUUCCAUGGAUGUAUGGAGAACCUCUACUACAAUGGGGUCAACAUCAUUGACUUAGCCAAACGACGCAAACCUCAGAUCUACAGUGUGGGGAAUGUGACUUUUACCUGCUCAGAGCCUCAACUGGUAUCCGCCACCUUCUUGAGCUCUAGCAGCAGUUUCCUGUCACUUCCAAUGGAUGCUGCCACGGAAACGCUGUCGGUGACGUUCCAGUUCCGGACAUGGAACCGGGAAGGGAUGUUACUUUCGGCCUGGCUGAGGAGAGAUUCAGAGAGACUGCUUUUGCUUCUUGUUCAUGGGCAGCUUAGACUCACACACCACAGAUCAGCGUUGCAAAACUCUGAUAUAGUCAUCGGUCAGGCUCUGAGUGACGGCCAAUGGCACACGGUGUCCAUUAGCGUGGGAGGUUUCCAGGUUUCCCUCACGGUGGAUGACGAGCCACCGUCCACCAUGCAGCUCAAGGACAUCGCACAGCCUGAGAGGAGCGUGCUAAUUGGAGGUUGCCCAUCAGUGUUAACCAAUCAGGGUUGUCGGAAUCCGACACUGGCAUAUCAAGGCUGCAUGCGCUCUGUUAUCAUUAACAACCAGCCAAUCAACUUCUACCUGGUGCAGCAAGGCCUGCUGGGAAACUACAGCAAGCUCCAGUUUGACAUCUGUGGCAUUCGUGACAGAUGUCUUCCUAACUACUGCGAGCAUGAUGGGGAAUGUUCUCAGUCCUGGAACACGUUUUUCUGUGACUGUUCGGGAACUGGAUACACGGGAGCCACCUGUCAUAACUCCAUCUUUGAACCCUCCUGCGAGGCCCACCGGCUCACAGGAAGUGCCUCAGGCUUUUUCUCAAUCGAUCCUGAUGGAAGCGGGCCGCUCAAAUCCACUGUCAUCUACUGCAACAUAACCGAUGAUAAGGUUUGGACCGUAGUGAAUCACAAUAGCACGGAGAUGGUGAGGGUUCAAGGGUCGUCGCUUCAGAAGCCCCACGUGAUGAAAUUCAACUACAGCACAUCUCUGGAACAGCUGCGGACACUUGUGGGCAGGUCUGAACAGUGCCAGCAGGAAGUUGUUUAUCUCUGCAGGAAGUCCCGUCUCUUUAACACAUGGGAUGGAACGCCCUUGUCCUGGUGGCUGGACCGGGCAGGAGAGAGAAGGACGUACUGGGGUGGAUUUCUCCCCGGGGUGCAGCAGUGCGCCUGCAGUCUGGAUGAAAACUGCAUUGAUAUGAAUCACUUCUGCAACUGUGACGCUGACCGCAGCUCAUGGGAGAAUGACACAGGAGUGCUGUCCUACAAAGAGCACUUACCAGUGACCGAGAUCUUGGUAGGAGACACAAACCGAAGUGGGUCUGAAGCCAUUUACAGAGUGGGAUCUCUGCACUGCUACGGGGACAGGUUUUUGUGGAACGCCGCUUCCUUCUACGAGGAGUCGUCUUACCUGCACUUCCCAAUGCUUCAGGCCGAGCUCAGUGUCGACAUCUCACUCUAUUUCAAAACCACGGCUCCCUCCGGAGUCUUCUUGGAAAAUCUGGGCGCAAAAGACUUCAUUAGAGUGGAACUCAGCGCGCCCUCUGUCGUGACCUUCACGUUUGAUGUGGGUAAUGGCCCGGUGGUUCUGACGGUGAAGUGUCACGUGCCGCUGAAUGACAAGCAGUGGCAUUACGUCCGAGCGGAAAGGAAUGUGAAGGAGGCAUCGCUGCAGGUGGACCAGCUGCCCUUGCGCUUCCUGGAGGCUCCGUCUGAAGGCCACACCCACCUUCAGCUCAACAGCCAGCUGUUCAUUGGAGGCACAGCAUCGAGGCAGAGGGGAUUUCUAGGGUGCAUCAGGUCAUUAAGCAUCAAUGGGAUGACACUUGACCUUGAGGAGAGGGCUAAAAUGACCCCUGGGGUCAGUUCGGGGUGCCCGGGUCACUGCAGCAGCCAAAACAGCUUGUGUCACAACAGGGGGAAAUGUAUCGAGAAGAGCAGUGGCUACGUUUGUGACUGCACACACUCAGCCUAUGGAGGACCCAACUGCAAGAAAGAAGUUUCCGUGUCCUUUGAAAGCGGGUCUUCGGUGACCUACACCUUCCAGGAACCAUUUUCUGUGAUGCGCAACCACAGCCGUCAGUCCUCAGCUAUCUUCGCCCAAAGCAGCAAUUCACGAGAGAGCAUCGCCUUCAGUUUCCUCACAACUCAAACACCUGCCAUGCUUCUGACAGUCAACACCUAUCAUCAGCAGUACAUGGCCAUUAUUCUGGCUCACAACGGGAGUUUGCAGAUUUGGUAUCGGCUGAGCAGAGAGAAAGAGCCUGACAUCUUUACACCAACGUCUCUUAAUUUGGCCAAUGGAGAGCUCCACAGAGUCCAGAUACAUAGAGAGGGAAGGGACAUGUACGUCCAGAUUGAUAAAGAUACCAAUCUGAAAUACAGCCUGUCCACGGACAAAGAGUUGAUCACGAUAAGGUCUUUGACAUUGGGGAAAGUCACAGGUCGAGCUGGUGUAGAUGAAGAGGUUCUCCAGGCCGGAUCCAGAGGUUUCAUAGGCUGUCUGUCUUCAGUUCAGUUUAACCAUUUGGCUCCUAUCAAGGCGGCCAUAUUGAAUCGAGGUAGCUCGUUGGUCAGUGUUCUCGGUAACCUGGUAGAGUCAAAUUGCGGAGAACUGGCGGAUAAGUCUUCAUCCAGAUCUUUGUCAGACCAUGCAGACACAGGAAGUAGAGGGAAGAAACGUACGAACGCUGCCCAAAGUGACUCCGCUGUAAUUGGAGGUUUGAUAGCAGCAGUGGUGCUCAUUACCCUCUGUGCCGUGGCCGUGAUGACCCGCUUCCUGUACCGCCAUCGAAACGAGCGUACCCGGCAGAUGGCCUCCGUCAAGGAGAAAGAUCACCAGCCCAGGCCAGAACUCAGAUACCGGGCCGAGUUGGACCUACACAGUGCCAUGAGAGACAGCAGGAAAGAGUACUUCAUCUGAUCUGUGGCGUACGAACCUCGUGACCCCCACUGAGUCGCUGCGACCCUAUGUUUGGCGCCAACUCAGUGGACAGGGAUUGGGGACAGGAAGUCAGCUGAGCCUUGUGGACACAGCCAGUGCCCUUCACCCUCCCAACCACUGUCCUUUAGCAUCCAGGAUUCAGGGAACGGAAAGCACACAACACAGAUACGUUGAAUUAUAGCGGUAUGCAGGCAGCGUGGCGGAUUUUAAUAUAUCGGUGGUUCUUUGCUGCGGUUUUAGAAAAAUGUUCCCAAGAGUUAGAAGAUCAGGUGGCUUCAAAACUCAGAAGCUGUACCCAGACAUGGCCUUCAGCCCUUCGCAGAGGAUGGAGAAUCAGACGUAUGAAGCGACUCUUUUGCUUACAGGGCUAAUUGUUUAACCAGACAACAAAGAGAUUACAGAAUCGUUUGUGUGCGCACAUGCGAAUCACUCUGGCAGACAAACAAACACUUGACGGUCUCCAGUCUGUGGACCGUGACCAAUCAAACGGCUCUGGUGUGGUACUAAUCCAGCACGAAUGGUCUUGUUCAGCCACAGGCGAGCACGAUGUAGUGAUGCAAAUAAAGUGGUUGAUGUUA